GCAGCUGUCAGGAACUAUGACUGAAGAUGACGGAUUCUGUUGUCGUGGAGGGAUAUGCCAGACUCCGAGAUGGAAAAAAGUGGAAAACUAGGUGGCUCGUUCUUCGCAAGCCGUCGCCUGUAGCAGACUGCCUGGUGCUGCUGGUUUUUAAAGACAAGUCCGACAAAGCUCAGGGCAACAAGGAGCGAGCCUGCGUCACCUUGGAGGAGAUCUGCGGCCUGGAGGCUGGACAGUGGUACGAGGGUGUGGCUUUUACUCUGGUCAUCCUCUGCCUGAACCACGCUGCUGUGCUGGGUUUCGACAGCAGGGAGGCCCUGCAGGCGUGGGACGUCCGCCUACGAUACAGCCUCGGAGAGGUUCACAGAUUCAGUGUUGGAGUCUUACCAGGGACCAAGUUGGAGAGCGGACCUGCAACUCUUCAUUUGUGCAACAACUUGCUGGCUCUGGCCCGGGACGUCCCUCCUGUUAUUAUUGGCCACUGGAACCUUCCAGACCUGCGCAGAUAUGGACCUGUACCCAACGGAUUCGUGUUUGAGGGAGGAACAAGAUGUGGUUACUGGGCCGGUGUUUUUCUGCUCGCAUCUACCGAGAGCGAGCAGAUCAGCUUUCUAUUCGACUGCAUCGUCAGAGGCAUCUCCCCCACCAGAGGCCCCUUUGGACUGCGGCCAGUUUUGCCAGAUCCCAGUUCCAGUCAGACCAGUUCGGAGGAGAAGCUGAACCACGAGGCUCAGGAGCUGGAGAAACGACUGAGCAUGCUCUCUCACCGCAGCAGCACGGCCUCGUCCACAUACUGCCCGUCUGCUGGAGGAGACGACCGCAGCAUAUCCGGUUCUUCCGACACUUCGGACACCAGCCAGUCGGACUGCAGUAUUGGCAGCCGGCUGGCCAUUUGGACUGAACCGGCCUGCACCGCUCCGUCUGAAAACGUGGGCCACGUGGCCCCGAAAGUGGCGCCACAGAGCAUCGAGAAGCUUUCAGUGAGCCAGGGAGCCGGAAGUCGGCCUGCAGCCAAGCCCCCCCGGCAGCUUCAGGAAAUCGGCCGUCAGAGUUCAUCUGACAGUGGCAUCGCCACCGGCAGCCAUUCCUCUUACUCUGGAAGUUUCUCCUCGUACACAGGCAGCCUGGAUAUCACCCCGGGGGAGGACUUCGGGUCUGUUUUCAGCCUGCCUCCCCACUUGGCUCAAGACCUGAGCCCUUGUACUUGCCCCACUGUUCCUGGACAUGAGUACCAGGUACCCACAUCACUUAGGUAUCUGUAUGACACUCCUAGGAGUCUCUUACAAGAGGGACAUGUGGGCGCCAAAGACAGUGAACGCUCCACACCAACUAAGGACACUUCUGCUCUGUCAGGCCUCACAACAGAGUCAGCAAAGGGGGGUAAAAGCGGCGUCACGACAUGUGAUGGUCACUCAGAAAGGACUGAAAGACAGUCAGCGAGUGAACACUCUCAGGGCCCUUCAGAGGAGAGUAAAAAAAACAAGGUGGUGCCGUCCAGCGAGCAUCCUGACUCCUGUCACAUCUGCAGCUCCACAUCUGUCUCCAAAACCAUCGUAGCCAUCUGCUCAGUAUGUGGUGGAUUUAAGGGGACACCAUGCAUCCCUGCAAGUGGAUCAGUGACAGCUGCCAUGCCAGACAAAAGGCUUAAUAGCAAAGAGGAAAGACGCAGAGCUGAUCCUGCUUAUGAGAUCAUGGAGAGUCGGCCGCCGGAGAGGAACUCUGAGGCAGAAGAAAGAAGCAAGUAUGAGUUAAUGGGCAGCUGUGGUCAGCAGAGGUUCCUCCAAGAGACUGAAGGGGCAGUGUUUGUGUUUCCCCCAGAGGCAGCACUUCCUGAAAGGCCCUGCAGCGAAGGUGUGACGUAUGUGAAUAUUCCUGUUAGUCCCACAUCCAAGAAGCAGCUCAACUACAUGGAGCUGGAGCUGCAGGAGCCAGGGCCCGGCCCCCGAGGGACUGUCACACAUCUACCAGCUCAAAGGAAGAGCUCCACCAAGUACGCCCAGAUUGACAUCACUGCCACAGAGACGGCCCAUAAAGUCGGCACGCAGCACGCCCUGGGUCGACAGGAGGGCCUGCACACUCUGGAGCUGAGAAGAAAAGGGACGCCGCAUUGACUUCAUCACUGAACUGGAGAUCUCAGGAGGUUUCUGUCCAAGACCGACCCAACACAUCAAACUGUAAAGUCUGCAAGAAGUAAUACCGCUUGGAGGCUUUUUUUUUCUCCAGUUGUGACUGUUCUCCAAGAGAUCCUCUUGAGAUUUACUGUGGGACUCCUUCUCUGUUCCAUCUUUUGAUGCAGAUUUUUUUUUUUUUUUUUUUUGGAAGUUGCGUCAGCCAGUCUGCACAUCCCAGCAAAUGUCAUCUGCCCAAGGUCCAUUUUCUCAGAUUCAGACUUGUCUCUGUAUCCACAAAGCAGCAGAAAGAUGGAGCUUCGUUGAAAAAGUUUGGCACGGGAUCAGGAGCAACAUUUCAAUCUUCGCCCCCUUUGUGGACUCGGGCAUCUCAUUAAAUGGCAUUAUGUCAGCACCGGCGCCUCAGGCAAACUUGGAGGAAGAUGUGCCAGUCCUGAGCUGAGUCACCAGCCCCGAUAAACCCCCAGAGCAGAGGCAUUUCACAGCUCACUCGGGCCAUCCCUAAUAAACAUGCAGUAGGCUGUUUUUGUCCUUGUUCAGGAGAACGAUGCAGGGUGGUGGCAGGAGAGGAAGCAUAGAUGUUGUUUACUCUCACAAGGAGUUCACGCUCACUUAUUCCUGUGAUCAGUAAUUCCACAUGUAGCUACGCAAAACUGUUUUCAGUGUAUUCAAAUUUAGGGAAAACUUUUCGUCCAGUCUUACACAGAAUAGUACACGUCUCAGCCAGAUUUUUGUUUAUGUAAGUUAGAGCAGGCUAAUUAAUGGUUGUGCAUAAUACUUCAAAAUUGACUUUUGUUUUGCCUGGGUUUAACUAACGGAUCUUUAUCAUAUGAACAGAAUCUCAAUGCUGCUAUUCUAUUUUAUUUUGUCUGCGUCACAGUUCAUAUAGUCUGAGAUUUACUGUGGAAAAAGUCUUCAUAAAUAAUGCAAAGCAGAAAUGAUACUGAAAAUCUCAUCCUCCUAAAACUGUCUGCUAUUGUUUUUCAAAACUAAGUAUUUUUUUUUUUAAUUGGUUAAAAUCUCAUGCUCUUUAUUAGUAUUCCUUAUUGUGUGUGCACUGUGGCAUUGUUACUAAAACUGUAAUUAUAAAAACAUCAUUUGGUUUGCGUUGUGUAAAGCUACUCCUCUUAGUCUACAUUUAGUUUUUUGUCUCCUGCUCUUUAUUUUGAUAUCUGUAAAUAUAUUUUCUUUCUAUUUUGGUGAUGUGGAUUGUACAUUUUAAAUAUACAUGUGAAAGACAUAAUUUAUGUACAGUAAAGAUGUAAGGCACCAUUUUUUUUUCUUGCAAUACUAUUUUUCUUGUUUAUUAUUUAUAACAGGAACUACUGCUUUGAUGUGUGUGAUCAGGUUUUCUAGAGCUGGAUUAUAUAUGGGGACUUUCCCCACAUGUACAGUUGUGGUUUGGUACCAUAAUAUAUAAAGCUUACAAUGUUUGUUAUCAUUCAACACUACGAUGGAGCAUUUUAAUGUAGACUUAUGCACAAGAUGAAGGCAGUCAGAACUGAUCACACACGUUUAAACUGAUUUUUUUUUUUUUUAAGAGAAAGCUAUUAUAAAUUAAUUACAUUGCAUUAUUUAAAUCCACAUUUAAUGCCCCAGUAAUAAAAAGAAAAGGUCAUUACAUUUUUGCUUAUUAAUUAACCAAAUAACUAUUUCUCAUUUUGCCUUUGAA